AGUUUUCCCUUGAAUUUUCAAAAGGACAACAUUUGUGCAUUUGUUGUAGCCCCUUUUCUGCUAGCAAGGCUCCUCUGGUUUCCUUAGUCAAUUUUAGGAAAAAACCUUCAGUGCAAAACAGACUGAGAAAUACUUGCCAAGAAGGCAGCUGGAAAAUCCCUAGGUUUGUCUAUUGUGUUGCUAGAACCCUACCCCCCUUCUGCCUCCAUGACACGCAUAUUAAUUCAGGUGCUCUGGAGACGUCUUCAGAUUUGGAAAACCACAACUUGCUCCUAGAAUCUUGGACUUAAACCUCGUUCUGCACAGCAUAUGACAAGGAUGAGUCGCCCUAUUCUAACCAGUUAAAGUUGGACAGAAGUUUUAAAAAGCAGUGGAGCCAGUUCCUUGGAUUGUAUCCAGGGUUUUAGCUUUGGGAAGGAAUUGAGUCUUUAGUAGGAAGGCAAAGACAAGAUCCAAGUGAAGCCUGGCCUGGGAGUAUCCCAAGAACUAAGAUGAAGAUUGACUAACUUAACAAUCAAGUUUUCAUAGUCCAGAAAGAGCAUACUUUGAGGAGCCAACAGCCUUGUGUCUUUGGACCCACCAACUGGCCACAGUCCCUGCAGAAUGUCCAACCAGGAUCUGAGUAUUGCAGCAAAACUCAUCAAUGGAGGUGUGGCAGGGCUUGUGGGGGUGACCUGUGUGUUCCCCAUCGACUUGGCCAAGACACGACUGCAGAACCAGCAUGGAAAAGACAUGUACAAAGGAAUGAUAGAUUGCCUGAUGAAGACAGCACGUGCAGAGGGCUUCUUGGGCAUGUACAGAGGGGCUGCGGUAAACCUCACCUUAGUCACUCCAGAGAAGGCCAUCAAACUGGCAGCCAAUGAUUUCUUCCGGCAGCUGCUCAUGGAAGAUGGAAUGCAGCGGAACCUGAAGAUGGAGAUGCUGGCUGGCUGUGGGGCUGGCAUGUGCCAAGUGGUGGUUACCUGCCCCAUGGAAAUGCUCAAGAUUCAGCUGCAGGAUGCUGGACGCUUAGCUGCCCCUCAUCAGAGCUCGACCUCGGCACCUUCCUCCUCCAGGUCCUAUACUACUGGUUCUGCUUCCACUCACAAACGCCCAUCUGCCACUCUCAUUGCCUGGGAGCUACUCCGCACUCAGGGCCUGGCUGGUCUCUAUAAAGGCCUGGGUGCCACUCUCCUCAGAGAUAUUCCAUUCUCCAUCAUCUACUUCCCAAUGUUUGCCAACCUGAACAACCUUGGGGUCCAUGAGCUUACUGGGAAGGCCUCCUUUGCUCAUUCCUUCAUGUCAGGCUGCAUUGCAGGUUCCCUGGCUGCCGUUGCAGUCACACCCCUGGAUGUUCUGAAAACUCGAAUCCAAACCCUCAAGAAAGGCCUGGGGGAGGAUGUCUACAGUGGGAUCAUAGAUUGUGCCAGGAAACUCUGGAUUCAGGAAGGACCAUCUGCCUUCAUGAAGGGAGCAGGCUGCCGGGCUCUUGUCAUAGCACCCCUCUUUGGGAUUGCCCAGGGUAUCUAUUUCAUUGGAAUAGGAGAGCAUAUCUUAAAGUAUUUUGAGUAGCUGCAUCUGGAUCAUAGUCCCUUAUUUGCUACCACCUCUCUAGCCUGUUUCACUAGUCUAAGUGAAGGGUACGGGGUAAAGGUGGCCCCCACAUUGUAUUUUGGCCUCUAACUUGUAGUGCUACCUCAGUCUCAGAAAAAACAACCCUAUUUUAAUAAGGCAGGUUCAGUGUAUCCUUUUUCUCCCUUUAUGAAACCUACAUUCAUUUUCUUGCUACCAGGGACCCUCAGAAACACCUGAUCACAUAAUUCUUAGUACUAUCACCUAGUACUUAGUACUAUUCUUAGUACUCACUUUUGAAUUACAGACCUUCACAGACAGUAAAGACAGAGGGGCUGUUUCUGCAAUUUAACAUUUCUAUUUCACAAACUUAUUAUACUUGAGUCAGUUUGAAGACUUAGUUUUGUUAAAUAAUUUAGUUAGUCCAAGCACUGAUGAUGAAGAAAAGGAGGAUGAAGUCCAAGAGCUGAGGUACAGCUCAGUGGUAGAGCACUUGCCUAACGUGUGAGGCCCUGGGUUCCAUUAUCAGCACCACAAACAAGAAAAGUCCAAUGGGGACAAAACCAGCACCUUGGUUGAACCAGGCACCCACUUGCACAUCACAGAUGGCUAAGUGGACCUAAUUGAAUAGCGUGGUCAAGUCCAGACAGCCAUCCUGCCCCAAAAUCCUUCUCCUGGAGCAUGGAUUCUCACAGACCUUUCCCAAUGGCUGUACAUGGGGACCAUAUGAAAUAAAGGUGAAUGGUUAAAAUCUUGUCUUAUAGUAGUGGAUGUAGGAGACAGGCUAUAAUCUUUCCUUCUGUAUCCAGUUUAGAACUAAACUAGUUUCUAGAGCACUACAGCAGGUCACUACCACUCUUCAGACUGUUACUCCUGUCAUGGGAAUGGAGAAUAGUCAGAAGAACACUUUAUUUUAUGUUUAAGUCCUGAUCCUCUCUACCCUUUAUGUUGAGGAGCUAAGUCAUCUGUGACAAGAGUUCUCUUCAUGGGCUUCAAUUCCUUCCUCCAUAGGGGGCUACACAAAUAAUAUCACAGAAAUGAGGACAAGUCCUAAUAAAGAAAAAAUACCUAUUCAAAUAA